AUGACAGAAUCUCCACAACACUCCGAUCAUUACGAUCGAGUGGCCAUACUUGACGCUGGCUCACAAUAUGCGAAAGUGAUCGAUCGUCGAAUACGUGAACUAUCCGUUUACUCAGAACUUGUGCCAUUGCAAACAUCAGUCAACGAGUUACUCUCGAUGAAAUACAAAGCGAUCAUUAUAUCCGGUAGUCCAGGAUCUGUAAAUGAUUCUAAUCCGGUUUAUUACGAUCCAAAACUGUUUGAGUGUGGCUUACCAAUCUUAGGCAUUUGCUACGGUUUGCAAAUGUUGAAUAAACAACGAGGAGGAACUAUUGUGCGACAAACAGUACGAGAGGAUGGACAGUUUCAAGUGGAAUUGAAUGUCAACGAUUGUCUCUUAUUUAAAAACAUGAAUAAGCAUGAAAAUGUUCUACUAACACACGGCGAUAGUAUCGGGCAACUUGGAGAGAAUUUAAUCAGUAUUGGAACAAGUGAUUCAUUCAUUGUUGCGUGCGCUGAUAAAGAUAAGCCUAUUUAUGGUGUUCAAUUUCAUCCUGAGGUUGAUUUGACUGAAAAUGGUGUGGAAAUUUUUAAAAAUUUUCUCUUCGAAAUUGCACAUUGUCAUCCGACAUUUACAAUGGGUUGUCGAAUUGAAGAAUCCUUCGAGACGAUUCGAUCAUUCGUCAAAGAUCAACCAGUUUUCGUUUUGUGUAGUGGUGGUGUUGACAGUAGUGUUUGCGCUGCCCUACUCACACGUGCACUACCGUCGAAACAAGUGAAACUCGUUAGUAUUGAUAAUGGAUUCUUACGUCAAGAUGAAAGUAAAGAAAUUCGCGAGACUUUAUCACAGUUUGCUACUGUAAACUAUAUCGAUGCUAGUCAACGUUUUGCUCAUUCGAAAACUUAUGUCCGAAGUAAAGUAGCUAAUACAUCGAAUGAAAAAUCAUCAUCAACACAACGACGCCCAUCAAUGUCUACCAAUUUCUUAAGUUUAACUGAUGCUGAUAUUUUGCUUGAAGAAACAUUACCGCUGUUUGAAGAAACCGAUCCCGAACAUAAACGUAAGAUCAUCGGUGAUACAUUCAUUAAAGUUGUUCAGGAAUUUCUUCGUGACAAUAAUUACACGUUCGAUGACAUCAUUUUGGCGCAAGGAACAUUAAGACCUGACUUAAUUGAAAGUGCGUCACAUCUUGCAUGCCAAAGUGGGCAUGCUAAUGCAAUUAAAACACAUCAUAAUGAUUCACCUAUGGUACGGCAAUUACGCAAAUUGAAUCGUGUGAUUGAACCAUUGAAAGAUUUUCAUAAAGAUGAAGUUCGACAAAUUGGUUUAACAUUAGGACUCCAUCCGAAUGUCAUCUAUCGUCACCCGUUUCCAGGACCUGGAUUAGCUAUACGAAUUUUAUGUACCGAUGAACCGUAUAUGCCCAGUGAAACCUUUUCGUCAAAUCAAACGUUAUUAAAAACAAUUGUGAAUUUUUAUGCUGUGAAAGACUCUUCAUCAGCAUCAUCUAGAUUAGAUCAUGUAUUUACUGAUAACGAGAGGACACUUCUGAAAAACCUCACAUCAGGCGACCACCAUAAUUAUGCAGCGGUCUUAUUACCAAUUCGAAGUGUUGGCGUUCAAGGUGAUGCUCGUACUUAUAGUUUUGCUGCCGCCAUCAGUUCGGAUAACGAUAAGCCCAAUUGGAAUGAAUUAUUUGUUCUUGCUCGAAUGAUCACGAAAGCAUGUCAUCAGAUAAAUCGAGUAGUCUAUAUUCUUGGUAAGAAAAUUUCGGAUAAUGAAAUUACUCAUAUUACACAUACAACAUUAACUCCAGACAUCAUUGAUAAAGCCCGAGCAUGUGAUGAUCAUGCUAUGGUGAUUAUGAAACGUCAUGGUGCUUACGAUUCCAUAAGUCAAAUGCCCGUUGUUUUGAUCCCGGUUGAAUUUGAUAGACCAGUGUCAUCAAAUGACAACGAACGAGGUUUUAGUUCGCAACAUUCAGUUGUACUGCGCACAUUUCUGACCAAAGAUUUCAUGACAGGAAGACCGGCUGUACCAGGAGAAACAUUUCCUCUUGAUAUGCUCGAUGAAAUAUGCCAAACAAUCCAAACGAACGUACCCGGUAUAAGUCGUGUUUUAUAUGAUUUAACAUCCAAACCACCAGCUACAACUGAGUGGGAAUAA